AUGCCUUCCACGGCGCCUGAGUUGGCAGUGUGCUUGACGGAUGAUCACUGGCGGAGACGCAAGGAUGCCUUGGAGCAGUUCAUGUGCCUCGAUGAGGACGCGGGGAAACUGGUCUUCAACCGCCUGCGUGCCACACUGAGCGAUGGCAACUUGCGGGUGCGACGUGCAGGUGCGCAGACCCUCGCAGGGAUGUGUUUGCCAGAGGUCUGGGGGAAGAAGCCCGCCAGCUUCGCGGCGCAGGCGGUUUCGGAGCUGACGUUCCACCUGGCGGACGCGGAUCCCCUGGUGCGCAAGGUUGCGCAGGAACCCCUCGAUGCCUUGCAGAAGAAGGCGAUCGUGGGUGAUGUGGUGGUGGCCGGCCAAGCAGCCUUGCCGUCUUUGAAGGCCAGCUUGCACGAUGAGGACUGGCAGGUCCGGGAUGCCACCGUGCGUGCACUGGGCCGGUUGAGUGUGGGCGGCUUGAGCUGCGCGAAGGAUAUCGCGCGCAUGCUGACGGACGACAGCGCGGUGUGCCGGGAUUCCGCCAAGAAGACCCUGGAACGGAUGCUAGGAGCUGGUCUAGCGGCGGCCGACCUGCAGGUGGUGGUACCCCAAAAUGUGGAGCUCUUUGUCACACGCUUGAAGCACGAGGACCCGAAGGUCCGAUGCGCCGCCUGCUGGGUCCUGGGCCAUGCGGCUCCUGCAGUGCUGAAUCUGCACGGGAUGGCGGAGGUGCUGGUGAAGGAGUCCAACCACACGAUGUUGGCUGUGGCCUCGGAGUGCAUCAACGUGCUGAAGCUGGGUGCCUUGCCGGCGGCGCCGGAGAUCGCCUUGGGCUUGAAGGGCUUCAUGUCGGAGGAAGGCCACGAACGGCUCCGCGCGGUGAGGAGCCCUGCGGGGAUUUCGCUGAUGCAGCUGCACCAGGAGGUGGUGGCGGUGAUCGGGCGGGCCAUCACUCGUGAUCCGCGGAUCAAAGAUGCCAUCCAGCAGACGCAGCACUUCGCAUCCAGGCUGGGCCGAGACACCAACCUGCAGCGCGAAGAGGGGGUGUCAGCCUUGAUGCGGCCGGCGCCCUCCCAUGUCGCAGCGAUUACGGAGUUGCUCCGAGUGAUUUUGGAUCCAGAGAGCCCCGGAGCGCAGGCUGGAGUGCAGAGCCGCUCGGCAUUUGACGCUGGCAAUGGGCCGCAACCGAGCUAUUUGGCUGCUGUGGGGUGUUUGGACAGCCUAAGGGACGCAGGACUCCUUGGUGGCUUUGACCAGUCGAAGGUGGACAUUGUCCACGAACUCCUCGACGCCUUAGAGGAGGGCGGCGGGGCUGACGAUGUCAUGGCUGAAGCCAAUGAGGCUGCAGCGCCAGCGCCAGUGCCGGAGGCGAAGCCGCAGAAGAAGCGCUCGCCGAACCGGUUAGUGGUGGAAGAAGCCAUGAACGAUGAUAACUCGGUGAUCUCGCUCUCACAGGCCAAGAUGGAGGAGCUGAAUUUGUUCCGUGGAGACAACGUGCUGAUCAAGGGCAAGAAGCGGAAGGACACUGUUUGCAUCGUCCUGGCAGAUGAGAACUUGGAUGACAGCAAGAUCCGCAUGAACAAGGUGGUGCGAAAGAACCUGCGCGUGCGCCUGUGCGACAUCGUGUCCGUGCACGCCUGUGGGGACGUGCCCUACGGGAAGCGCAUCCACGUGCUGCCGCUGGACGACACCAUCGAGGGCAUCACCGGGAACCUCUUCGACACCUACCUGAAGCCCUACUACCUGGAAGCCUACCGCCCGGCACGCCAGGGAGAUUUGUUCCUGGUGCGCGGGGGGUUUCGGCCAGUGGAGUUCAAGGUGGUGGGCGUGGACCCCGGGGAGUUCGUGAUCGUGGCGCCGGACACGGUGAUCCACUGCGAGGGCGAACCGGUGAAGCGCGAGGAUGAGGAGCGCCUGGACGACGUGGGCUACGACGACAUCGGCGGAUGCAAGAAGGCGAUGGGGCAGAUCCGGGAGAUGAUCGAGCUGCCCCUGCGACACCCCACCUUGUUCAAGACUUUGGGUGUGAAACCUCCUCGUGGCGUGCUGCUCUAUGGGCCGCCAGGCAGUGGCAAGACGUUGAUCGCCCGAGCGAUUGCCAACGAAACAGGCGCCUUCUUCUUCCUGAUCAACGGUCCAGAGAUCAUGUCGAAGAUGGCGGGCGAGGCCGAGAGCAACCUGCGGAAGGCCUUCGAGGAAGCGGAGAAGAACUCCCCGGCCAUCAUCUUCAUCGAUGAGAUCGACUCGAUUGCGCCGAAGCGCGACAAGACCAGUGGAGAAGUGGAGAAGCGCGUGGUGUCCCAGCUGUUGACCCUGAUGGACGGCAUCAAAGGACGUGGUCAGGUGGUGGUCAUCGCGGCCACGAACCGCCCGAACACCAUCGAUGCCGCGCUGCGGCGCUUCGGGCGCUUUGACCGAGAGCUGGACAUUGGCGUGCCGGAUGAUAACGGCAGGUUGGAGAUCCUGCGCAUCCACUGCAAGAACAUGAAGUUGGCCACUGAUGUUAAGCUCGAGGAGGUGGCCUCCAACACGCACGGCUUCGUGGGUGCGGAUCUGGCGCAGCUCUGCACCGAGGCGGCCUUGACCUGCAUCCGUGAGAAGAUGGACUUGAUCGACUUGGAGGAAGAGACCAUCGAUGCCGAGAUCUUGGAUUCCAUGGCUGUUUCCCAGGAGCACUUCAAGUCCGCCAUGGGCACGGUGAACCCCUCCUCACUUCGCGAGACGGUGGUGGAGGUGCCGAACAUCAAGUGGGACGACAUCGGAGGUUUGGAGGACACGAAGCGAUCUCUGCAGGAGACGAUCCUGUAUCCCAUCGAUCACCCUGAGAAGUUUGAGAAGUUCGGCAUGCAGCCAUCGAGAGGUGUGCUUUUCUAUGGUCCUCCAGGAUGUGGUAAGACGCUCUUGGCCAAAGCUGUGGCCUCCGAAUGUUCUGCCAACUUCGUUAGCAUCAAGGGCCCUGAGCUGUUGACAAUGUGGUUUGGAGAGUCUGAGGCCAAUGUUCGAGAGGUGUUUGACAAGGCAAGGGCCGCAGCACCUUGUGUGCUCUUCUUCGAUGAGUUGGAUUCCGUAGGUGUGGCACGCGGCUCUUCUCAAGGAGAUGCUGGAGGUGCAGGUGAUCGUGUCAUGAAUCAGCUCUUGACGGAGAUCGAUGGCGUAGGUGCUAAGAAGAACGUUUUCUUCAUUGGUGCGACCAAUCGUCCUGAACUCUUGGAUGAAGCACUGCUUCGUCCUGGGCGUUUGGAUCAGCUCAUUUACAUUCCCUUGCCCGAUUUGCCAGCUAGACAAGGCAUUUUGGAGGCAACCUUGAAAAAGUCACCGGUGGCGCCCAACGUGCCUUUGCCCUUCAUUGCGCAGAAGACCGAGGGAUUUAGUGGAGCUGACUUGGCAGAGCUGUGUCAGCGAGCGGCCAAAGCCGCAGUGCGCGAUGCCAUUGCAGCAGAUGAGCUGCGAGCAGGUGACGACGAUGCCAUGGACACCACCAUGGGAUCCGAGAUCGGGCGCAAACACUUUGAGGAGGCGUUUGCGGGCGCGAGACGCUCAGUGGCCGCAUCGGAUCUUGCCAAGUAUGACCAGUUCCGCAAGAAGUUCGACCCAAUCUACAUGAACUCCAGUGCAGGUGGUGGCGGUGGAGUAAUGAUCAACUGGCCGGACGAUGUGGGCAUCGGGGGCGCGGCGGCCGCUGCGGAUGAUGACGACGACCCCUCGUGGACUGUGCGCUUGGCCUCGGCCGAAGCGCUGGCGACUUUGAGCUGUCAGAUCCGACCCUUCCUCCAAUGCCUUCGAAAACAUCGGAAGUCUGAGAAUGAAGAGCUGAAGGCAGAGCUGGAUUGUCAUGCGAGUUGGACCUAG